AUGGUUAAAUCCUUUAUUGAUCAGAGAAACCCUCCCAAUCUCGACGAACCUCGUUUAGGGAGGUACCUUGUUGCAGCUGCUGAUAACAUUGUGUCUAUACUUGACGUGGAGACACACAUGCCGAUAUUCAUUAAAGGUUUGUUUGGUCAUACAAAGACAAUAGAUUCUGUAAGCUGGGAUCCAUUUGGGGAGUUGCUGGCAUCAGUGAGCGAGGACUCAGUUAGGAUUUGGACUCCUGGAACAGGAAAUGAAGGGGAAUGUGUUCAUGAGCUUAGCUGUAAUGGAAGUAAGUUUCAUUCAUGUGUUUUCCAUCCAACAUUCCCUUCCCUGCUCGUCAUUGGCUGUUAUCAGUCAACAGAGCUGUGGAACAUGGCCGAGAACAAGACAAUGACUUUGUCUGCUCAUGAUGGUUUAAUUACUGCCUUGGCGGUUUCAACUGUAAAUGGUUUGGUAGCUUCUGCCAGUCACGACAAGUUCACCAAGCUCUGGAAGUUAUCUUUUGGACUCUUGAAUCAAUCCACCUCAUCUUCUCCUUUUGGUGGUUUUGAUUUUCUAUGA